UCUCUGACCCGCCUCCCUUCGCGCGCGCAUUUCCGGCCAGACCUGGGGAGGCCAGACAUGGCGGUGCUAAGCCAGCUUCUCUUUUCUUGGGGUCGCGGUCCCCGGCGGUUUUUCAGUUAUGGAACAAAAACAUUAUAUCAAAACAAUGAAGCUGUGCAGUCUAAAUUCUUUCCACCUUUUCCAAAAGUGAUGCUACCACCCGAUAGUUUUCAAGGAAAAGUGGCAUUUAUUACCGGGGGAGGCACUGGCCUUGGAAAAGGAAUGACAACUUAUCUGUCCAGCCUGGGUGCCCAGUGUGUGAUAGCCAGCCGAAAAAUUGAUGUCUUGAAGGCAACUGCGGAGCAGAUAUCUUCUCAGACUGGAAAUAAGGUUCAUGCAAUUCAGUGUGAUGUGAGGGACCCUGAUAUGGUGCAAAACGCUGUGUCAGAAACGAUCAAAGUCGUCGGACAUCCUGAUGUUGUGAUAAACAACGCAGCAGGGAAUUUUAUUUCUCCCUCCGAAAGACUCUCUCCUAAUGCUUGGAAGACAAUAACUGACAUAGUUCUGAAUGGCACAGCCUUUGUGACUCUGGCAAUUGGGAAAGAACUAAUCAAAGCCCAGAAAGGCGCAUCAUUUCUUGCUAUUACAACCAUCUAUGCUGAGACUGGAUCAGGUUUUGUAGUACCAAGUGCUUCUGCCAAGGCAGGAGUGGAGGCCUUGAACAAGUCUCUUGCAGCUGAAUGGGGUAAAUAUGGAAUGAGAUUCAAUGUGAUUCAACCAGGGCCUAUAAAAACCAAAGGUGCCUUUAGCCGUAUGGACCCAACCGGAGCAUUUGAGAAAGAAAUGAUUGACAGAAUUCCCUGCGGUCGGCUGGGAACUGUGGAAGAACUCGCAAAUCUUGCUGCUUUCCUUUGUAGUGAUUAUGCUUCUUGGAUUAAUGGAGCUGUAAUCAGAUUUGAUGGUGGAGAGGAAGUACUUAUUUCAGGGGAAUUCAACAGUCUGAGGAAGGUCACCAAGGAUCAGUGGGAUGUAAUAGAAGGACUUAUCAGGAAGACCAAAGGCUCCUAAGACUACUCUGGCCUUCAUCUUGGUUAUAAUGGAAAUUAUGCAGACUAUCUAUAAUGAUUUGAAUAUUUUCAGGUCUAAUAAAUUGUUAAUUAGCAAGCAUUCCUGGAAUGUGUAUUAUAUGCUAGGCCAAUGAUAGGUAGAUCUUGUACAUUAAAAGAUGAAUAAGAUAGGAUAUUGUCUCUUUAAAUAAUUUUUUAAAAAUAAAAACAGGAAAGUGAAAGGCUAUUAAUAGAAGUGAAAGUGUUUAGAUGUGCAGAGAAAGGAACAGAUAUUUGUAACUGGAGAAAAUCAGGAGAAACUUAAGGGUGGAAGUAGCAUUUGAGUUACAUGUUAAAACGAUGGCCUUGGUGACGGUGUCUAAAAGAAAACAGGAUUUCCAAUAAAUCUAAUAAUGGAUUCUGUCUUUUCAGUGUAUUUCCUUUUCAUUGUACUUAUGAAUUGUCUUCUUUAACUCAGUAUUAAUUCAGUUUUAACUCAGUAUUAACUCAGUUAACUUAGUAUUAAUUCAAACAAGUUUUUGCCAGGACCUAUUUUGUAACCAGAAGUUUUAUUUGGCAAUAAGAAUAAAACAUGAAUAAUCUACAGCAUUUGCACUCUUAAAACUCAUUAUCUAACAGGAUAGAUAAACUUGUAAAUAAUUACUUGUGAUUCAUUGUGAUGAAUAUUCCAGCAGUGUUAUGGAGGGGGAAGUAAUUCAUUCUGUUUCUAGAGUUUAGAGAAAGUGACGCCUAGUAGGUAGCAUUUCAUCUCAGCAUUUAAAGUAUAUAUUCUUUGUGCCUUACGAUUACCAGAAGGGAAGGAUGGGGUGGGGAGGAAUAGAUUGGGAGUUUGGGACUGACAUGUAUACACUGCAACAUUUAGGAUAGAUAACCAACAGAGACAUACAGGUAUAGCACAGGGAACUCUGCUCAAUAUUCUGUAGUUACCUAAAUGGGAAAAGAAUUUGGAAAAGAAUAGAAAAAAAAAUUUUUUAAUAAAACGCUUGUUUUGAAAAAAAUAAAAUUACUAGAAUAGGAAAUGCUAAAAAAUGUAGUGUGUAUUCUCUGUGUAGAAAAGAUGAACAAAGCUUAUAAAAACUUUUCAUGUAUAAUUUCAUUUUAUUCCAUAUUUAAUUUGACUAAUUUGUUAUCCUAGGAAUCAAAUAACAAAAAAUCCACAGUUUCAAGUUUAUGUAGAUAUAAUUUUGAGUUUAUAUUAAAAAAAAUGUAUUUUGCUUUCA